AUGCCACAAUCGACGCCUGGUGAACGUACACCUCUUUUAAACUCAACAUUACAACAAGAUUGCUGUUCGUCAACAAAGGGUUGCUGUUCUGCUCCCAAAUCACAUACAACGCCUUCCUCUUGCUUCAACGAUUCCGAAUCAGCAUGCUGCCAACAACAAUCACAGGUCAACAAUGCCGAUUACUGCCAGCUAGCAGAACAACCAUGGCAAUACAAGGCCGUAGCUUUAAUAUGUGCAUUACUUUUGGCAGUGGGUAGUCAUUUUGCAGCACAUACAUUGGGAGCUAUGAAGAAUACGAUCAAACUUGAAUUUGGUAUCAGCAACUCGCAAUAUGGCGUGAUUCAAUCAAGCGUUUCCAUUGUCAAUACAGUUUUACCUGUACUUGGUGGAUUAUACCUCGAUGCUUUUGGCACAGUAUCCGGUUCAAUUCUUACAACGGUCUUGAUCACCCUCGGCAAUAUCUUGGUCGCUCUUUCUAUGCACAACACUAGCUUGACAACCAUGAUUGUUGGCCGUGUCAUGUACGGCAUUGGUAGCGGCACCGUUGUCAUUGUCCAAGAAACGAUUCUCAGCCAAUGGUUCAAGGGUAGAAGUUUGGCUGGCGUGAUGGCUCUCAUGCUAACCGUGAGUCGAUUGGCAUCCUUUUUGGCACAAGCUGUUGUCGUUCCUAUUGCCAAUUGGACAGGCUGGUUUGGUUAUGGAUUUUGGUUUUCUGCACUCCUUUGCAUCAUCUCUUUUGUAUUCAAUCUCGUCUACGUUGCAUUGUUGCGUAAAGUGAGCCCAAGAGGUACUGGUUGCCACAAGCAACUCGAAUCCAUUCGCCGUAAAAAGUCGUUCAGCUGGUCCAAGUUGAUGUAUUUGCCUCACUCAUAUUGGUUGGUGGUUGCCAUGGAAUUCUUACUUGGAGGAUCUUGGGGAUGCUUUUUGCAUAUCAAUAGCGAGUUUGUCAAAUUCCGUUUUGGCUACAGCAAUGCUCAUGCAGCUGCCACUGCAAGUCUCGCUCAAGUACUUCCCGUUUUCCUUAUGCCAAUCUUGGGUAUUUGUCUUGAUAGAUAUGGCAAGCGUACCUGGAUGAUGAUCGGUAGUGGUGCAUCGAUGCUUAUUUCCUUGUUAUUACUCGAGUUUACGCCUUUGAAUCCUGUCGUGGGUAUGCUCAUGUUUAGUCUGAGUUUGGCUCUUGGUCCUGUGGGAUUGGUAUCAUCCGUACCUAUCAUUCUCCCACUCUCCAUGGUUGGCACUGGUAUGGGCUUGAUCAAAUCCGGUACCAACAUUGGCGCAUCGCUCUUUGAUAUUUUCUCGGGUCUUCUUCAGGAUGCGGAUCCCAACAAGGGCUACACCGGCGUCAUUAUUUUCUUCAUCGUUAUUGCUGCCUUGGCAACGCUCGCUGGUAUCGUGCUUUGCAUCUUGGAUCAUACCAUCUACGACCAGCUUUUGGAUCGAUCAGCACGUAGAGCAUUGCAAUCAGAGCAUGAAAACAAGCAAAGCAACAACAACAACAACUCUGGUGAAAUGAAAAAGAUUUGGGCCAACUGGAUCUAUGGCAGCAUCUUCUUUGGUUUGGCAUGUACAAGCUGGGUCUUGUUUACCAGAUUUGUACUCUUAUAG